GGAUAAAGUACUUAUAAAUUAUUAUCCGUAACUGGUUUGACAAGCAAUCAUGAUUAGCAGAAUACGCAAUAAGAUCACAAAAGGGAAGUUAUAUAUAUGAUGUCAUUACGCGAUAAAAAUAGAGAUUAUAUGAUUACAUCUUACACAUUAUCUGAGAUGAAGGUUACUAUGUGCAUAUUGCAGCGUUUCUUAAGUAUGCGCGCUUAAGAAUUACUUAGAUAUACUAUAUAUACGCAAACGAUAAUUAGAUUAUAAUUAGCGUAUAUGUAUAUGCAAACGGAUUUUAUCUCGUAUCUCACUGUUAUUGCACGCCGGCUUCGUACUUUGUGCGAGUAUUUAUAUAUUGCUGGUUCGAAUAGUACAAAGCAAGAACGAGGCUUGAAUAAUAACGAUUAAAAGUGUAGUAUCAUUUCGUGAUUGAAUCUUGAAUUAAGAAAAAGUAGAAACCUUAUAUAAUUUCCUGCUUUUUUUUUAAAGGCAUCUAUUCUCUUCCUCUCUUUUUUUUCUCGAUUAUCUUGUUGUAUUUAAUUAUACUACAUUUAUAUAUAAAACAUGAUAAUUUGUGAUAUAUAAUUAGUGGUGAAGCACAGUGUUAUCUUUACCAAAAAUAUCAAAUAUUUUGGCGAAGCAUCAUUGUUUGAUCAUUAAGUGCUCUGACGUAAGGAACAGCUACGAGAAUGGACUUAAUUUUUUUGAUAUUGUGCACCUUGUUUGUUGUUUUAAUAAUCCCUACAAUUAUAUCGACAAUAUAUCAUCAGAAUGUUCUUCGACGAAAUCUUAAAAAUAUUCCUCAAUAUGGAAGAUUCCCUUUCAGUGUGGCAUUUGAAUUGAUGAAGCUGACGAGCUAUGAACGCACACUAUGGUUUUUGCAACGUAUGCUUGAUUUUAAAGAUGGAAUUUUCAUAUAUUGGAUUGGCUUGAAACCGAUGAUUAAUCUUUAUAAACCUGAAUUUUUUGAGAUUAUUUUGCCCAGCACCGUAAAUAUUGAGAAAGGAUUUCCCUAUGAGAUGCUGGAGUCUUGGUUAGGCAAAGGACUUCUAACUUCUACAGGAAAACAAUGGAACCAUGAUAGAAAAUUAAUCGGGCCAACGUUCCAUUUUAGUAUAUUGGACCAAUUUGCCGUGGUUAUGUCCGAAAAAGCAGAGAUCUUGACAAAAUGUCUCGAGAAAGAAAUAGCAAAGAAUCCAGGGAAAGCUAUCAAUAUUUUUCCGUUUGCUAACAAUGUUGCUCUCGAUGUUAUAUGUGAAACGGCAAUGGGAGUGGAUGUACAUGCUCAAGAAAUUGAAACCGAAUAUACCACAACAAUACAUAGAGGUUCUAAAUUAAUAAUCGAGCGAUAUUUUCGACCGUGGCUUUGGUCAGAUUGGUUAUAUAAUUUAGUGCCUUCAGGAAGAAAAUACAAUUCAGGGCUUAAUAUAAUACAUAAAUUUACGAAAGAGGUGAUACGUAAGAGAAAGAUCGCACGACAAUCGCGAAACGGUUCUGCGAAAUCGGAAAACGAGGAUGACGAACUUGACAUAGGUAAGCGAAAGAGGAAAGCUUUUCUGGAUCUGUUACUAGAUGAGAAUGAGAAGGCCGAAACUCCGUUAACUGAUGAUGAAUUGAGAGCACAAGCACCAGCCAGCGUAAAGAAACUGUCGCAGUUAAAAUAUCUUGAGAGGAUCAUAAAAGAAACGCUCAGAUUAUUCCCAAGUGUACCCAUAAUCACAAGGAAAUUAAUAGAAGAUGUAAAAAUGACAGGUGAUUAUAUGCUCCCGAAAGAUGCUACAGUCAUGUUGGCAAUCGGUUUAAUGCAUAAAAAUCCGGAAGUUUGGUCAGAUCCAACUAAAUUCGAUCCAGAUCGUUUUCUUCCGGAAAAUUCGAAACAUAGAAAUCCAUAUGCCUAUGUUCCAUUCAGUGCUGGACCAAGAAACUGUAUCGGCCAGAGAUUUGCUUUACUCGAAGAGAAAACGAUAUUAACAGCUAUUUUAAGAAAAUGGAGAGUGAAAAGUGUAAAAACGGCGGAUAUAGUUCUAAACGAAGCCGCUCUCAUUUUGCGACCAUGCGAAGACAUAUACAUCCAUUUCACGUCAAAGAAAUAAUCAAUUUAUCAGAAAAUGUUCAUUUCUCUUUAUUGUACGCAAUCUUUAUAAUUUUUCUCGAUUAUACGAAAUUUGAAUGUUUUCAUGUUAUUGUCAUUGUGCAUAUAGCAUACUAUAUGUAUACUAUAUACUUUUAUAUAUAGUAAUUGGGAGUGAUACGAAUUAUACGUUUAAUUAUUACGAAACAUCGAGCAAAUGCAUGCGUUAACUAUUGCAUAAUCAAGAGUAAAAAGAACAUAUGUGAUUUCUGAACAUUUUUUUCCUACGCGAAUGUCAUCGAUUGCUUUCAACACAACAUAUCAAUAAUAUAUAUCACAAAAAUGAAAGCAGACAAGCACACAGAUUUAAAUUGAUAUGAUAACCAUAAUAAAUUUAAAUUUAGUUGAUAUGUAAAAACUGGAUUAGUUUGUUACUUACAUUUUUUUUCUUUGUUUGGAAAUCUGUCUUGUAGUUUAUAUGUACAUUAUCUACAGAUAAAUCUUCGAAGAAAACACCACUUCUGCACAAAUUCUAAAUUUCGCAAAGAUUCAUAAGUCGGGAGAAUUUAAAAAAAGUCAGUUCGGCGUGUAUUCUCUAGAUUUUAGUGUAUCUUUAUACAAUCAUUAUCAAACCAAUCAUCUAAUAUCUAAUUUAAGUAAAUAUUUACUUUUACACAGCCCGCCCCAAAUAACUUCCGGUUGAUCUUGAUGUUAACCUUGACCUCUAAGGAGAUCAAGGUCAUUAAACUUUUCCGUUGCUAGUUAGUUCUAUCUACUUUUUAAGACCCAUUUUUCGAGAUCAAAUCUUUUUCGCUUUGCAUGAAAAGUUGGAAACCGUGGAAACCUAUAUGGAGCCGUACAAUUAUAGACCUUGUUCCGCACGUAAGCAGGGUAUGGGGUGAACCUUGCUUUUCCUUUCAAAGUAUGUGUGAGUCCCCCUCCCGUCCACACAUGUACUUUGCGAGAUCCAUCCAAUACUUACUUAUGCUUUGGACGCGAAACUAGGUUUAUAAUUAUACGAUUUCACAUGAGUUUGCAACUUUCUGUGCGAAGCAAGAUCCAACUCAUAUCGCCUUGUACUUCGGACGUGAAAUAAAGUUUAUAAUUAUACGAUUUCACAUGGGUUUGUAACUUUCUGCGCGAAGCGAGAUCCAUCCGAUAUCUCCCUGUGCUUUAUUCCUUCAUAACUUUUUGUUAUUAACCGAGCGACGGCUUGAUCAAUGACCUUGACCUUCUUAGAGAUCAAGAUCAAUGUCAAGGUCAACUAAAAAUCAUUUGGAGCGGAGUGUGUAAAGGAAAAUAUUUAUCCAAACCGAUAUCCAAAUAUACUAUUUUAACUCUGUUGGAAAAUAAAACAGGCUGUAACACAGGGUCAUAUU